AUGAAGAACGUCGGUGCCCUCUUGAUCGUCCUGGCCGCAGCUGCCACCCAGGUGGCCGCCCUCCCAGCUCAGGGCCUCAGCGAACCCAUCCAGCCCCGUGUCUCUCACAACUAUGCCCUUGACAUCCGCAUGCCCAAGAAGCACAAGAACAAGGGUGGAGCUGCUCAGAAUGCCGCUGCUGGCAACGGCACUGCUGUUGCAAACGUCGCUCAAAGCAACGGAACCGCCGACGCUGGUAAUAAUGUGGCCGGUAACAAGGCCGGCAAGAAGGGCGGCAAGAAGGGCGAUAAGAAGGCCGGUAACAACGCAGGCAACAACGCAACCGCCGCUGCUGGCGACGCAAAUGCCGCUUCUGCCGAUGCGGCAGGUGCUGGUGGACUUGCCGGCUUGCUAAGUGGAUUGGCUGGUGGCUCAAAUGCCGCUGCUGGCAAAGCAGACGCCACUCCUGCCGAUGCAGCAGGUGCCGGGGGACUUGCCCCCUUGCUGAGUGGACUGAGUGGUGACGCCGCUGCUGGAGAUGCAGCAGGUGCUGGAGGUCUUGCCGACUUGCUGAGUGGACUCCACGUCGUCGCUAGAGAUGAUGCUGCUGCCGAUGACGCCGCUGUUGAUGACGCUGCCGACGAGGAGGAGGACGCUGCUGUUGAUGCCCGUGCUGCCGAUGAGGAUGACGCCGAUGAGGAUAACGCUGCCGAUGAGGAUGACGCCGAUGCUUAG